UAAAGCUGCAUUAGUACCAGUGAUUAACUCAUAUAUACAUCACCUCACCCCCCUUACUUUACCACUUUGGUACGGACCUAACCUAAGGUAAGUAUUGCAUUAUGUCGCAGCUAAUAUGCAGCAGCUACCCCGCCAUACCAGAGCUAUCACAACAUAUGGCGUCACUAAAAGUAUUUUCCUAUUAUUCGCCAUGUCUCCGGUCUUGAAGCAUCAUAUACAUCAUAUACGUAACUCGUAACUUUCGAUCUCGUCACUUAAUUGGUCUCGGAGUUUCUUCCUCUUUGUCUAUUAUCAUAAUAAACCCCAUCUCCACACCCUUCUAAACAGCUCCAACCUAUUUUAACUUCUUCAACAUCUCGUUGAUUCUUAACCACCACUACCACCACAACACGAUCAACCAUGGCGCUAAACCCCAAAUUUGCCGGCCAGCGAUUGCUCUUCGGCCAGCCGUCCUCCUCCACAUCCGGCGUCCCACCGGCCGUGCACACGCUCGAGCUGUUCCUCGACUACGUCUGCCCGUUCUCGGCGAAGCAGUUCAAGACCUUCUACCACUCGGUGGUGCCGCUCGUCCGGGAGAACCCCAAGUGGGCCGGCAGCCUGCAGAUCAUCUUCCGGCAGCAGGUGCAGCCGUGGCACCCGUCGUCGACGCUGGUGCACGAGGCGGGCGUCGGCGUGCUGCAGCUCGCGCCCGACCGGUACUGGGACUUCAGCGACGCGCUGUUCCGGGCCCAGCUCGACUACUUCGACGAGCCCGUCGCCAACGAGGCCCGCAACGACACCUACCGCCGGCUGGCGAAGCUCGCGGCCACCGUCGGCGUCGACGAGAAGGCCUUGUACGACUUGCUGGCCGUCAAGGACAAGGUGCCGGAGGGCAGCAUCGGCAACACUGGAAAUAAGGUCACCAACGAUCUGAAGCUGCAGAUCCGGUACGGCAGACUGGUGGGCGUGCAUGUCAGCCCCACCGUCAUCUACGACGGCAUAGUCGCAAACGAUAUCAGCUCGUCGUGGACCAAGGAGCAGUGGCAGGAAUGGUUGACCAAGAACCUCGGUUGAAGCAGUAGUGAAAAUACGACCAUGGCACAAUUGGAACAGACAAGCUUUUUGGUCGUACCCGGGAUGAGUUUCCGAGUGGUGCAAACAGAUAAUAUGAUGACUUAGGGUUACAAAUGAGGGAUAAUAGGGGAGUAACUGCUGUAUACAUUAACAAAGUAUACUACCUACUACAUACAUCAUCUUCAGUUCCGAAUAUAUCAUAUCCUCUAUAUGACAUUCAGAAGAAAUCAUAUUUGACAACCUAAUAUCGGAUAAUUAAGAGUAAAAGGUAUCUAUUUCAGUUCCAGGUAUUGAAUUGU